AUGGAGGUCCACUACAUCAACAGCACCAUGCUGUUGGUCUCACACAGGCCCUUCAACUACACGGUUGUGGAGAGGACGGUGUACGAGCGCUGCAAGGACAUGCCUGCCGUUCUCAUCUGGUAUCUGUGUCUUCAGUUCAUCAACAUGUUCCUGGGGAUCCCAGCCAACAUCAUGGUACUGUGGCUGAUCCACAAGAACAAGGGAGACUCCUCCACCUCAGACAUUUUCAUCCUCCACCUGGCCAUUCUGGACGUCCUCUUCUGCCUCAUCCCGCCCCUGGAGCUGGCCAACAUCGUCUUCCUCACCACCAGCAGCACUUGGUAUGUCCUGCACUUCUUCUACGGCAUCAAAGACUCCUCGCCGCUCUUCCUCUCCUGCAUCUGUCUGGACCGCUACAUGGCUGUGGUGCACCCCAUCACCUUCACCGAGCUCAAAGAUCGCCAACACAGAGCUGUCCUGGCCAUCGUGGUGUGGCUGGUCAUUCUGGCCUACGCUGCUGCCAAGUGCGUGGGAAACAUCUUCAACUUUGAGAAAGUCUUCACCGCCAUGAUCCUGGCCGCGUUUGCCUUCAUGGUGUUCUGCAACAUUGCCAUCCUGUGGGCUCUUCGGCAGUCCGGGCCCGGCCGGGACGAGAUGCACCCGGUGAAGAAGAGAGCCUUCAAAAUGGUGGUGAUCAUCCUGGCCAUCAUUGUGUUCAACUACUUCCCUCCGGUGGCUCUGUUCCCUUUCCAACACUACUUCUCUCCGGACGUGUUUCGCUGCUACGUGCACUACGUGGCUUUUGGCUUGAUGGACUUCAGCAGCAGCAUCCAGCCUAUGCUUUACCUGUCCAAGGAGAAGCUGCCGAACGCAAACUGUUGCCAGACAGGGGCCAGACACGAACCAUAG